CAGGAUUAAUUGGUGUCAAAAAUCGUGGAUUUACUGUUAUGAACCAGGAAAUAAACAACAGUCGGCUGUGAAGGUGAAGAAGAAAAGUUAACAAAAGUCAUCCGUUCUCGAAGUGUUUCGAAAAGAUGGUCGCGACUUUUGUGUCAAAAGCGGGUCAUAUUGCAACAAUUCCUCUUAAUGAGCAAAGAACUGUUACUGCGGAUUGGUAUACCACCAUUUGUUUGCCAAAAGUCAUCACCGAGCUUCGAAAAAUCAACCCCGAAACAAGAAUCAUCCUCCACCAAGACAAUGCAAGCCCGCACACAGCCCAAGAACCAGGCAGUAUUUAACGCAAGAAAACGUGGAAUUAUUGGACCGUCCUCCAUAUACUCCCGAUCUAAGUCCUAACGAUUCUUUACUUUCCCGAAAAUUAAAAACAGACUGCAUAGUCAAAGGUUCCAGUCACCAGAAAAAGCAGUUGACGCAUUCAAAAUUGCCGUUUUGGAUCUGCCAGCAAGCGAGUGGAAUAAGUGCU